AAUUUAACCUUAAAAGCAUGUGGGUGUUUAUAUUCGGAAAUUAACAACUUACACAAGGAUAUGAUGUGGCGAAAGCUUGUACGCUGGUUUCCAUAAAGAUAAAAAUUAAUUAAGUCGUGUGCAGACUACUUAAAAAUAGAUAUUUAUUUUUUCGACUUUCGUAUACAUAUUUCCUCUGCAUAAGACGUUAAUUAAUUAAUAAUGAAGAUUUCUAUUUAUUAUAUAAUUAUUGCCACCGUUUGGUGUUCAUGUAGUGUUCGAAGUGGAGAAACCGAUUUCUAUGAGCUACUAGGUAUUUCCAGAGAUGCAAAUAUCCAGGAAAUAAGAAAAGCAUUCAAAAAAAUAGCAGUUAAAAUGCACCCUGAUAAGAAUGUUGAUGAUCCAAAUGCUCAUGAAAAUUUUCUGAAAUUCACCAGAGCAUAUGAAGUACUGAAAGAACCCGAAACAAGAAAACAUUAUGAUUUAUAUGGUGAUACAGGAUCUGAUUUGAAUGAUGAUAAACAUUACCAUAGUUAUUCUUAUUACAGGGAUGACUUUGGUAUUUACGAUGAUGAUCCUAUCAUCGUAACAUUGAGUAGAUCUGAUUAUGAAGUUAACAUACUAGACGAGGCACAGAUGUGGUUUGUCAAUUUCUAUUCUCCUCAAUGUCAUCACUGCCAUGAGUUAGCGCCAACUUGGCGUAGAAUAGCUAAGGAGUUUCAGGGUAUCAUAAGAAUUGCUGCUGUGAACUGUGAAGAUGACUGGUCUCUUUGUUAUCAGUUAGGUAUUUCGUCUUACCCAACUUUGAUGUUCUACAAAAAAGAGGCAAAUCUGCAUGAAGGGGAAAGGUACAAAGGACAUAGGAAUUUCGAAGAUAUUGAGGAUUUCAUUUUAACAAAGAUCCCCUCAAUAAUUGCUAUUAUCACCCCCAAUAAUUGGCUUCAGAAACAAAAUGAAAAUUCGCAAUGGCUUCUCUUUAUUUGUUCUGAAAAUACUGAUUGUGUUGAAAGCAAAACGCAGAUCAAAUUAGCAGCUGCACUUGAAGGACUUGUAACUGCAGGAGUUGUUCUUGAUGAGAAAUUAGCAAAAAAAAUUGAUAAAGACUUCAAAAAUCACAAAAUAAUUUACUGGAAAAAAGAAGAGGGUGAUAACGUAAGUGUACAACAUGUUCAAGGCUCUGACUGUAUAGAAUUGAUGGAAAACAUAUUGAAUCUUCUUCCAAGACCCGAACUGAUUGAUGAAGGACACUUUGAGGAAAUCAGAAAUCAACUAAGGGAAGGAUCAACCACUCCUUGGCUGUUAUGCUUCCAUGUAGGAUCUGCAACUGACUUAGAUUUGCAAUUGAAACGUCUUCCUUCCUUAUUACCAAAUAUAAAUAUCGGUUUAGUGCAUUGUGCCAAGAGUAGUUCGCUAUGUUCAACAUUGCAUAUCUCCAGAUAUCCUACGUGGGGUGUUUUAAAAGUUGGUGGAGCUUUUGAAAUACACCAUGGAAGGGACAUUAUGCAUGACAUCAUAACUUUUGCUCGUGAUAGUGUUAGAUCAACUAACAUGAGAGCUCUGACACCUGAGGAAUAUGAACAAAUAAGAAAAACAGAUGAUAUAUGGUUCAUAGAUUGGUUUGCCCCUUGGUGUCCCCCUUGUAAGAAACUACUACCAGAAUUGAGAAGAGCCAGUCAACAUUUUGACAAAAAUACGGUCCAAUUUGGAACUAUCGAUUGCACACUCCAUAGGAAUCUGUGUACAAGAGAAGGUAUCACAGCAUAUCCUACAACAAUUCUUUAUAACGGUAAUACAAUGGAACGUUUUCAUGGAGUACCAAACGAGGAUGGUAUUGUGAAUUUCAUAGAUGACACCUUGAAUUCUAAAGUUAUUUCUCUAGAUGAUUCAUCUUUUGUAAAAUUGAUGAGGAAACCAGUGGAUGAAAUUUGGUUUGUUGAUUUUUUUGCUCCAUGGUGUGGGCCAUGUCAAAAAUUGUCUCUGACUUGGAGGAAAUUAGCUAAGCAGAUGUCCGAAUUUCCACAACUGAAAAUUGCUCAAAUAGACUGUGUAUCCAAUGCUGCCUUAUGUUCAUCACAAAAUAUAAAGGCUUAUCCAACUUUGAGGCUCUUUCCUCUUGGCAGUAAAGGACUAAAUAGUGUAAUUUUUUAUACAGGCAACUGGGAAUUAGUGACGUUGAAAAGAUGGCUUCUUUCACUGAUUCCAUCUCCUGUUAUAGAACUUAAACAAAAAGAAUUUAACCAGAAAAUAUUGAAGGGACAAUUUGAUAAACCAUGGCUUAUAGAUUUUUUUGCUCCUUGGUGUGGUCAUUGUGUCCAUUUCGAUCCAGAGUUCAGAAAAGUUGCAAAGGAAUUGGAAGGAUAUGUGAAUUGUGGGAAGGUCGACUGUCAAGCUGAAAACAACCUCUGUAGGAGUCUACAAAUAAAUGCUUAUCCUAGCGUUAUCCUUUUUGUUUCAGAAUCUCGAAAGUACGAAAUCUCUUCCAGAAAUUUUGAUGAAAUAAUAAGAAAAGUGAAUUUAUUAGUUGAUCAUCAUAGGAGCCAGGAGUUUCAUGAUGAGCUAUGAUUUUGCUUCAUAGAAAAAUUUCGCAAUCUCAUUUUUUGUGUUCUUAACGAAUCUCUUUUACACUUUUAAUCAAUAUUGAUUCCAAAGAUUUAUUUUAUUCCUCUUUUAAUAUCAAAUGUUGAUAUUAUUCAUCAGGAAGCAGCUUUUUUUCUUCCUAGCAGACUCAAAGCAAUAAUAAUCCUACAAACAUUAUUAAUUACAUUACAUAUUACCGUUGAAUAUUGAACUAGUGGUUCCAAUACUCAAUGAUGUGACCCAAAGACCAAACACAAAAUGAAAUUUUUUUUAAAACCCUGUAACAAUGGAAUAUAUUUAUCGAUUCCAAAAAAUUCAAUAACCAUUCCAUAUUAGGUUGGUUACUUUAUACUGGAGAAAAAUAUGAAUUUAGUUGUGAUUGACCAUAAUGUUGUUUUGCUGGUUGUAUUGAAAUUUUUAAGUCUUGUAAAUUUUUUUGGAAAUUUUUUAUUCUUCCAAUCCAUUAAGCCAAGCCAAAAGUCUAUUCCAAUUUAUACUAUUCUAUUUUUUUGCCUCAAAUUUCAACAAGAUUGCCUUUCGUCGAUGUUAUAACAUAUUAUUAUUUACAAAAACAAUUCGAUUUUUUAUGACUGAUCUCCCAAUAUUUUACAUUCAUAAUUAUAAAACUGAGUUAAUUCAUUAAUAAAUGCAUAUUACAAAGUGAA